CAGUUCAGAGUCGCGGGUUUGACCAAAUAACAGUUCCACCGGUUAUUUAACGUUAAUCCGAACCUGUUUUUUACUCAGUCAAUAGCAAGCGAUGGAGUGUGGUUGUGCGGCGCCCUACAUCGGUCCGUCCCUGGCCAACACUUGCGGGGGCGGCGCUUUUGUCCUCUUCAUGAGCCUUUUGGACACUUUCAUACGGAACAAAUGCGACUUGUCCGAAAUCUGCCAAAGAGUCGUUCCGAAAACGCAGCCUGACAUAGAGUACGACUUUGUGGUGAUCGGGGGCGGCAGCGGCGGUGCGACGGCGGCAGGAAGACUCUCGGAAGUCCCCGAGUGGAAGGUUUUGUUGAUUGAAGCCGGCGGUGACGAACCACCAGGGUCCCAAGUGCCUUCGAUGGUUAUAAGCUACCAUGGAGACCCACACAUGGACUGGAACUACAAGACGGAACCGGAACAACAGGCAUGUCUUGGAUUUCCGGAAAAGAGGUGUUCCUGGCCUAGAGGGAAGGUUUUGGGUGGGUGCAGUGUCAUCAAUGGGAUGAUGUACAUGCGGGGGCAUCCUAAGGAUUACGAUAAUUGGGCCACGAUGGGCAAUACGGGAUGGGGGUACCAAGACGUACUCCCAGUUUUCAAAAAAUCAGAGGAUAAUCUGCAAAUUGGUACUCUUGUCGAUGCUGCUUAUCAUGGUACUGGUGGGCCAAUGACCACGUCCCGGUUUCCGCAUCAUCCCGAAUUGGCAGAAGACGUUAUGCAGGCGGCGAAGGAGUUGGGAUAUCCUGUCAGUGACGAUUUGAAUGGGCGACAGUACCAUGGGUUUACUAUAGCCCAGUCGAGUGUGAGGAACGGAUCUCGUCUAAGCAGCGCCCGGGCAUUCCUCCGUCCGGGCCGCGACCGCCCCAACCUCCACGUCAUGCUGAACUCCACCGCGACGAAAAUUCUAAUAAACAGCAGCAACAACCAGAAGACAGUUUCAGGCGUCCAAUUCCUCUACAACAAUAAAUUACACACAGUCAGAGUAAAGCGGGAAGUCGUCGUUUCCGCAGGAGCCAUCAACUCGCCGCAAAUUCUCCUCUUAUCCGGCAUCGGCCCCAAAGAAGAAUUAGACAAAGUUAACAUUCAACAAGUCCACCAACUCCCCGGCGUCGGUAAAAACCUCCACAACCACGUCACUUUCUACAUGACGUACGAAAUGAAAAAGCAGAAAGCUGUCCAUGACCUGGACUGGGCCCACGCUCUGGAUUACAUCCUCAAUCGGCGAGGGCCGAUGUCUUCGACGGGCAUGUCACAAGUCACGGCGAGGAUCAACUCGAAAUUCGCUGAUCCUUCGGGAACUCAUCCCGAUUUGCAGAUCUUCUUUGCCGGGUAUUUGGCGAACUGUGCCGCCUCCGGGGAAGUGCGGGCGGCUAAGGAUCCAGAACAUCCAGACGCUCCGAGACAUCUGACGAUCUCGCCGGUGGUGCUGCAUCCAAAGAGUAGGGGGCACAUCGGAUUGAAGUCGAACAAUCCGUUAGAUCCCCCGCUCAUGUAUGCCAACUAUUUGAGCGAACCGGAAGACGUCGCGACGCUAGUCGAGGGAAUCAGAGUGACGCAGAGAUUGGCCAAUACGAGCGUCCUUCAGAACAAGUACGGCCUGACUUUGAUGCGCGACGAAUACGGGGAUUGCGAGAAAAAAUUUACGUAUGAUUCGGAUGACUUUUGGCAAUGCGCAGCUCGCUACUAUACCGGGCCGGAGAACCACCAAGCGGGCUCUUGUAAGAUGGGUCCGGCCUCCGACCCCAUGGCUGUGGUCGACCCCAAACUCCAAGUCUACGGUAUUGAGGGGCUCCGUGUUAUGGAUGCCUCGAUCAUGCCAGCCCUAGUCUCUGGAAACACGCACGCUACCAUUGUUAUGAUUGCUGAUAAAGGCGUCGAGUACAUAAAGCAAAAAUGGUUGCGUGGUGGUACUAUUGCGAACAGGUUUGGGGGUGGAACCAGUCAGAGUAAUCAAAACGCACCUCACUUUUACCCAUCGGCUAGUUCAAAUUAUCCCAAUUACCCUAAACAACACGCUCCGUAUCAUUACCAACAGGGAGUAAAAAGUACGGGAUUUAGGCAUAAUGAGCAAUUCCACAGGAAUCAUCCCCAAAUGCCUAAUCCUUUCAUGUCGACGCCUAGGCCACAAAGGGCGUAUAAUCAGCAGGGAUUUAAUCAAGGGUAUCAAGGAUACCAACAUAAUUAUCCCGACUACCAACAGGAUCAAGAAUAUAACAAUUUCAAUGCAUAUUAAUAGUUGUAGUUAGGAAACACCUAUUUCUUGGUGUUUUAAAGUUUUAGCUUGUUAGGAUUUUUUUAUUUAUUUGUAGAAGCCACAAACUGAGAGUAAGAGAACGGGAAAGUAGAAGCAACAAAUUUUUUAUUUUUAUUAUGACAAUUUAAAAAUAAAUUUCUUAUCAACAACAAAA